GGUCCGUAAGCCUUCCACUCCACCGCCCACAACUUAUACUAUCUCCGGGGUAAAAGUGAAAAUGGAGAAAGAAGGGAGUAGCAGUAACACUCGAACUUUACCGCCAAAGACGGCGGAACAAGCAAAUACAACCUACCUGGAGAGGAGGAGGUUAGUGUCUGAUCUUAACAUCAAUUGUUGGACUUUACUGGAUCUGGCCAACAAAGCAUCAGCGGUUUUUUGGGGAGAUGAGUAUUUGCCGGUGAAAGUUGCAUCGCAAGUUGAAGAAGCUAAAUAUCCUUGUCGAGAGGAAAGACGGUUUGAGAAGAAGUAUGUCCGCCGGAAGAAAAGCAAGGAGGAGCACAUGGAGUCUGAUAUGUGGCAGGCCCAACACCCUCCGGUUCUUUAUCAGUAUGCACGCAGGAAGGGAAAAACCCAUGAGGGAACAAGCCGAACAGGAAGAGAGGAUGUGGAUGACACCAUCUAGAAGCAUGACGUGGAGAAGUAAAUAGAAUAAGGAAUAAUGGAUUAGGUACAGGUCGUAGUAUCUGUUGUAAUGACUCACGUGGGAUGUUGGCUAGUGAGUAAGGGUAAUUGUAAAAGGGUAUCAAAUUUUGGUUUGAUCACGUUUGCAAGCGAGGGAAUUGAGAGACUCCAUUUUGUUCUCUCUUGUAAACAUAUUCAGAUCAAUAUAAAGUAUUUGCA